AUGCCACAGCAGGACUGCAAGGUCAGCCCCUUGCUCCUAGCCCCCAGUCCCCUGCCCCUAGCUGAUGUCACAACAGCCCCCUGCUCACAGCCCAAUGCCCCCCUGCUUUCAGCCCCCUGCCUCCAGUCCCCAGCUGAUGUCACAAACCCCAGUCCCCUGCUCCAACCCCCUGCUCCCAGCUUAUGUCACAGCCCCCAGCUGCCCAGGUACGAAAAGACAGAGGACACGGCAACCUCCGCAAAGACUUCCUUAGCUGACCAAGAAGAUGCACGACUGAUUUUCCUCAAUCAGCCACAGUUCACCAAGUUCUGCAGCAAUCACGUCAGCACUGCAAAGUAUAAUGUCCUGACCUUCCUACCUCGGUUCCUCUACUCUCAGUUCAGAAGGGCUGCCAACUCCUUCUUCCUCUUCAUCGCUCUCCUGCAGCAAAUUCCGGAUGUGUCGCCCACGGGUCGCUGGACAACUCUGGUGCCGCUCCUCUUCAUCCUGGUGGUGGCAGCAGUCAAGGAGUUCAUUGAGGAUCUGAAACGUCACAACGCUGACAGUGUCGUCAACAAGAAGGAAUGUCAAGUGCUGAGGAAUGGUGCCUGGGAGAUCGUGCACUGGGCCAAGGUGGGCGUUGGGGAGGUAGUGAAAGCGGCCAAUGGGGAUCACCUCCCGGCCGACCUUGUCAUUCUGUCUUCCAGUGAGCCCCAAGGCAUGUGCUACAUUGAGACGUCAAACUUGGAUGGAGAAACGAACCUCAAAAUCCGACAGGGACUGCAAAUCACCUCGGAGAUCAAGGACAUUGACAGCCUGAUGCGUCUCUCUGGGCGCAUGGAGUGCGAGAGCCCCAACCGCCAUCUCUAUGAGUUUGUGGGGAACAUUCGUCUGGACGGACACAGCACCGUGCCUCUGGGCCCGGACCAGAUUCUGCUGCGAGGUGCCCAGCUGAGGAACACCCAGUGGGUCCAUGGCGUCGUGGUCUACACUGGACACGACACCAAGCUCAUGCAGAAUUCCACACGGCCGCCUCUGAAGCUGUCCAACGUGGAGCGCAUCACAAACUUCCAAAUUCUACUGCUGUUCGGCUGUCUACUGGCCAUCUCUCUGGUUUGUUCAAUCGGACAGACCAUCUGGAAGUACCAGUACGGCAAUGCAGCCUGGUACAUGGACUUGAACUCUCCAGGUAACAACCAUUUAAAAGCCUUGGCCAAUCCGUGA